AUGUCUUCCCGUCUCAUCACCUUCGGCUUCUUCGCCGCCUCUAUCUCCCAGGUUCUGGCCUCGUGCGCCUAUGGAACUCACUUGGAUCCUCGCGCCGAGGAGGGAAAGGUCAAGGUCAACAACUUUGCUUACACCGGCAGCAAUGGCCCCUUGAACUGGGUCGCUCUGGAUACUACUGCCAACCAGCUGUGCGCCACGGGAACCACCCAGUCCCCCAUCGACAUGGUGGCCGGCUCCUUCAACGUUCUCCCCGGAAGCUCCAUCAACCUCCAGAUCCCCGACAUGGCCGAUGGCACCGAGUUCGAAAACCUAGGAACCACCGUCGAGGUUAUCGCCAAGGGCGGAUCGAUGCAAGUUGGAGGCAGCAACUUUACCCUGCAGCAGUUCCACUUCCACUUGCCCAGCGAGCAUCUCGACGCCGGAAAGAGCAUGGCUAUGGAGAUGCACAUGGUCUUCGAGGGCGCCAACCAGGAGAUUGCCGUCAUUGGUACCUACAUCGACCUAGAGCAAGGCGCUGCCGCUGCUGCCCCCGCUGCUCCUGUCACCGAGGCAGCUCCCGUCGCCGAGGCUGCUCCCGCUGCAGGAAAUGCCACUGCUGAGCGCCGCACCAAGCUGGCCCGCCGCGCUGCCACUGGAGCCGCGGCCGAAGCCCCGAAGGCUAUCCCCGCGAUGGGAACCAACCCGAUCAAGGCCGAGGCUGCUUCUUCUAGCCUUCUCGAGACCGUCUUUUCUUCCCUCGGUGCCAUCAAGGAGCCCGGUACUGUCACCAAGACUGGCGCGCUGAACAUGCAGGAGGUCGUCACCCUUCUCUCCGCCGGCAGCUUCCAAAGCUACAUGGGUUCCCUCACUACUCCUCCCUGCUCUGAGGGUGUUCAGUGGCUCGUCUCAACUCAGCGCCUGAUGGUCCAGCCCCAAACCUUCACUGCCAUCCGCGACGUCAUUGGCUUCAAUGCCCGCUUCCCCCAGAACACCCUCGGCCAGGCCAACAUCAUCCAGGUCGCCCAGCAGAGUCUCACCAGCGCCAACAUUGCCAACCCCGUUGCUGCUGCUCCCGCUGUCGCUGCUCCUGUUGCUGCUGCGCCCGCCGCUCCUGCUGCUGAGGCUGCCAAGGAAGCCGCUCCCGUCGCCGCCCCGGCCGCUCACGCCUAAACGACCAAUAACGGUCAGCCGGCGAGGACAGCGAAAGAAUCAGCGUCGCGAAGAAUCAUUGCGACUCAGCUGACGCAGUAGGCUGGGCCAGGAUGUGCAAGGAUGCUCGAUGCCUGUUUUGAGUUCAAGUGUAUCCUGGUCUCAUGCCGAUGGAUGGAGGAAGGCCGACGGAAAAGCAGUCCCCGGGCGCUGCAUUUGCAGCUAGGACAAGAUAACCUUAACACCAGCCAGCUGCGCGCAUUUGUACAGACAUGACUAAUUGACGGAAAGUUGCACCCGGGCAGUUAUCUUUGGACGUUCACUUGUGUAUUUGGCAUGUGGGUUGAUCUGUAAUUACCGAUGCCUCUCCGAUGAAGCCCAGUCCCAACGAGCCCAAGUGCAGAGAACAAUACCGAGACAGCGGACAGUGGGGGAGAUACCACGGGGCUCUGGAGUCCCACUGCAUAGCAGUUUACCGAGUCAAGAAGCAUAAUGGUGAAAUAAUGAUAAGAUGGGCAUAGAUAG